AUUCCGAAACACAAUAUCUCUUUCAUCUUCUACUUGUUGUUCAAUUUCAGUUUAAAAAAUGGCGAAAGCAGAGAAAAAACUCGCAGAGAAAAAACCAGCAGCAGAAAAGAAACCUGUAGCAGAGAAAGCAGAGAAGAAAAUUCCAAAGGAAGGAGGAGGAAGCGAGAAAAAGAAAAAGAGAACAAAGAAAAGCGUAGAAACAUACAAGAUGUACAUUUUCAAGGUUCUGAAGCAAGUUCAUCCUGAUAUUGGAAUUUCAAGCAAAGCAAUGGGAAUAAUGAACAGUUUUAUCAACGAUAUUUUUGAGAAGCUUGGUCAGGAAUCUUCUCGUCUUGCUAGGUAUAAUAAGAAACCGACGAUAACUUCGAGGGAGAUUCAGACUGCGGUUAAGUUGGUUCUUCCUGGUGAACUUGCUAAGCAUGCUGUUUCUGAAGGAACUAAGGCUGUUACCAAGUUUACUAGUUCUUAGGGUUUUAUGGUUGUAAAGGGGAUGCCAUUGUUUUCUUAAUUGUAUUUGUUAUUGCUAAAUGCUAAUGAUAUUAUUAUGAUUUUUCGGAAACAUUUGUGAAAUUCUGUAAUAUGUGAUGAAUUAGAUUCAGAGAUUAAUUGGCAUCAAGUAAUUAAGGUCAAGAAUGUAUAGCUCAUCACAUCAAAAUACAUUUUAUUAA